CUCGACACUCUGACGGGGAACCGAGUCCACCACGCUCCUCUCACCGACGAGUCCGCGCAUCCGUUUUCCUCCUGCACGAUGGGAACCGAAAUGAGACCUCUGUGACGCGUCCUGAAUCAGCCGAGCGCGCGGGGAUUGCACCGAGGCAGCAGGUGUCCGGGCGGAACUUUGGAUGGAGCCUCUUUGGACGCACUGCUAGAUGCUGUAUCUGCUGAAGUCAAACUGGUUGUGAAGGUGCAGGACUUCUUCGCCCCUACGCUCCAGGUCGGACACAACAUGGCGGCGGGAGUCGCAGCAUGGCUUCCUUUUGCUCGGGCAGCAGCAAUUGGCUGGAUGCCUGUUGCGAAUUUGCCCAUGCCAGUUGCACCAACGGAGAAGAACAAGCGGCAAGAUGAGCUGAUCAUCCUGAACGUCAGCGGGCGGCGCUUCCAGACCUGGAGGAACACCCUGGACCGCUAUCCUGACACUCUGUUGGGCAGCUCAGAGAAGGAGUUCUUCUACAACGAAGAAACCAAAGAGUACUUCUUCGACCGGGACCCAGAUGUUUUCCGCAGCGUUCUCAACUUCUAUCGCACGGGAAAGUUGCACUAUCCUCGCUACGAAUGCAUUUCCUCGUACGACGAGGAGUUGGCUUUCUUCGGCAUCGUCCCGGAGAUCAUCGGCGACUGCUGCUAUGAAGAGUACAAGGACAGGAAGAGGGAGAACGCCGAACGUCUGAUGGAUGACCAGGAGGACAACAAGGAUGCCAAGCUUCCCAAUAUGACCUUCAGGGAAACCAUGUGGCGGGCGUUUGAGAACCCCCACACGUCCACCAUGGCCCUUGUUUUUUACUACGUCACCGGGUUCUUCAUCGCCGUCUCCGUCAUCACCAACGUGGUGGAGACGGUGCCCUGCGGCUCAGCCCCCAACCAAAAGGAAGUGCCGUGUGGCGAGCGCUACACUGUGGCCUUCUUCUGCAUGGACACCGCUUGUGUUAUGAUCUUCACCGUGGAGUAUCUCAUGCGCUUGUUCGCCGCCCCGAGCCGCUAUCGUUUCAUGCGGUCGGUCAUGAGUAUCAUCGACGUGGUGGCCAUCUUGCCAUACUACAUAGGCCUUGUGAUGACCGACAAUGAGGACGUGAGCGGAGCCUUUGUGACGCUGCGAGUUUUCCGCGUGUUCCGCAUCUUUAAGUUCUCCCGUCACUCGCAGGGCCUCCGCAUCCUCGGCUACACUCUCAAGAGUUGUGCGUCAGAACUGGGCUUCCUGCUUUUCUCCCUCACUAUGGCCAUAAUUAUCUUUGCUACCGUCAUGUUCUACGCAGAGAAGGGUUCAACCUCCAGCAAAUUCACCAGCAUCCCUGCCUCCUUCUGGUACACCAUCGUUACUAUGACAACACUCGGGUAUGGAGACAUGGUUCCCAAAACCAUUGCAGGGAAGAUCUUUGGUUCAAUCUGCUCUUUAAGUGGGGUGCUGGUAAUCGCCCUGCCUGUGCCGGUCAUCGUGUCGAACUUUAGCCGCAUCUAUCACCAGAACCAGAGAGCAGACAAACGGCGGGCGCAGAAGGUACAGAAAGCACGACUGGCCAGGAUACGAAUCACUAAGACGGGAAGCUCCGGUGCCUUCCUCCACAGCAAACGUAACGGCCUUUUCAACGAAGCUCUGGAGCUCACGCAACUUCCAUACAAGAUGAACUUUUCCGAUCAGAGCUCGGCCGACGACGAGCAGCGGUUGAGCAAGUCGGCCUCUCUGUUGGAGAGUCAACACCACCACCUGCUGCACUGUCUGGAGAAGACCACGAACCACGAGUUUGUGGACGAGCAGUAUUACCAGCAGAGCUACCUGGAGGCGGGGCUUCAGAACUAUCCAUCCAGAAGCCCCUCCCUCUCCAGCCAAGAGGGCAUCACCGGCACCUGCUGUACGCGGCGGAGCAAGAAGCGCCACACACCUUUACCCAACGCGAGUGGCCCUGCUCAUCUGCAGCCUUUGACCCACCACCACCACCACCACCAUCAGGGCCUGCAGGAGCUCAGCACCAUCCACAUCCAGCCGCUCAGCACCAGCCGCUCCAGUUUGAACAUGCGCACUGAAGAUCAAUCCUCCCUGAACUGCCAGAGCAGCCAGAUCACCACAGCCAUCAUCAGCAUCCCCACGCCGCCCGUGACGACCCCCGAGGGCGAAGCCCACCUGCCGGCAGCUCCCACCCUCCAGAACGUCGUGAAGGUGUCUGCGCUGUGAGGGUCAGCAGAGAGGCCGUUUUUAAGAGACUCCAAAGGGGCCGGCGAAGACGCCUGCCCUCUGCUGGCCAUGUACUGUACUGACAUGAACAGAGCUGUUUUAGAUACUUCAGUGUGAGAUAGAAACCUGUGUAGGCGGUGGUUUUUCGAGGAUGUAUGGUGAGCGUGUGCCGCCCGGAGUAAGUGUCACUGAGCACAAAGCACCUUUUUAUGAUUUUUGCUUCAAGUCUUUUUAGCAGGAGAUCAAGGGAAUUGUAGGAGAAACCAUGACAUCAACUCCGUUUGUGCCCUGACCCACACGUUCCCGCCGUCAGGUCUUGAUAUUAUCCUUCAGAAUAGCACGGUAGACGUUGGCAGUUUCACAUACGAGUGUGCAGGUGCGGCUUGACAAACGGGCUGGGAGGUACGUGCGUGUGGGGAGUGCAUGUGCGUGCGUGUCAGUGGAUUGAAGACAUGUUUCAAUUCUCCUGGAGGUCCUUCAGUGUACGAUAUAUACAUAAAAAUAUAUAUAGAUAUAUAAAUGACUAGCUGCCACUCUGAUGGGCGACACGUUUCUGUCAGUGCUUCUCAGCCACAAGCCUUUUUACACAAAAUGUGCCUGUUCAGCUCGACUCCCGCCCUCCUCCCUUCCUUGCACACACGCACACCGGCCAUCCUCACCUUCCUUCGGCUUCUUGCAUCUCCUCAGUUAAACACAAAAACCCCCCCACCCAAACCGCCACAAUACAAAGCACAAGGUACCGCUGAGAGCUCCUGACACAAGCGUGUUUCCGGCCCAUUGUGAAUAUUGUGAAUAGAAUAUUUUGUAAUAUUUGAUCAUUGUUUGGCAGAACCAGUGAAGCUGUCCUCUUCUUUGUAUCUCUCUUGUUGUCGUCCUGUUGUCCCCUCCACUCCUCCCACCCACCCCAACUGUGUGAUCCAAAGUAUGCUUUCAGUAGUCUUUAUAGCUGUUUCUCCUCCCCUGAACUCAGUGGGCAUUUUUCAAAAAUUGUUGUGAGUUGAGUAUGUGUACUUCCUGUGGUUUAGGAUUCUCGGUGUUUGUACUUUCGUCCUCCUCGGUGUUUCAGAAAUGCGUUGACUUCACCCGCCAUGUGACUCGAGUAGUAUUUCCCCCCUCCACUCCACACGGCUGAUCAUCUCUGCCCGAUGCUUCUGCGUUCACCGGGCUCACCCGGGUCAAAUGUCGACGAUGAGCACACUUGAAAAAGUGCACCGUCCAGUCAGUCGCCUCCCGAGUCUCUACCUCCACCUGUAGUCUGUCUUUAUUCGCCAUGUCAGGUUGAGCUUUCUGCGCAACAUAUUUCCAGGUCAAAUGCAACACACUGGGAGAAACUGGACAUUUCAUGAGACUUAAUCCAUGGUAUGCUAUACAGUAUCAGGCGGCGUAUUUCACAAGCAAUACUGUUAGGUAGGACAGCUGCCAGUAUGUAGCGGAGUAGGUUCAAAUAUGACAGUUAAAAAUAGUGGAUCCAGUGAGUAGCAAACCUGUGCACUUGUAAGCAUGAUGUACACUAGUCCUCAGUGAGAUCAGGAUGAGCUGACCUGCUCCAAGGUCAUGGAGACACGACUAAUCCGGUUCAGUCUGUGAGACAGGAAACAGCUCUGGAACGAAACACAAUUAUUUCUGACUUCACAACAUUUUGUUUUAACCAGAUAAAUACUGUUGAUCACUCGUGUUCUAGAUGGCGUUGACCGUGUAACUUUCAGCCAAAUAUUAGAAAUGACACAAACCCAGCAGUAUCCAGUGGCAAUGUGACAAAAUGAAAACAAAAAAGUUAGAGUAAUCUAGUCACUUUUUCAGUGUUUAUUGGUUUAAUGUAAUAAAUCUCUCAUUUGAAGUGGCAGCGCUGAUGCGUUCAGGUUCCGUCAUAUAAGUCAUUCAGACGAGGAAAAUGAAAUUGGAAAGUUGAAGCACAAAUAUUGACACCACGUGGUACAUAUGAUGACAGAACUCACGUCGCUCACCCGAUUUGAAGCCCCAAAAAGCAGCUCGCAAGGAUCCAGUCAAUUCAGAGACGAGAUAUUCCUGUCGACACUUGUGUUAGUUAAGUGGCGUUAAUUGUCAUUUGAAGUUUGUAAUGCCCAUCGAACCACAGCAACAGGUCUGUGAUGGUGUUUCUCUCUGUCGUCUUCUCUUCUCUGGACUCUUUGCUUUGCCCUCCACCUGUCGUUGUUGAGACUACUGCUGUGCAUAUCCUGUCAGGUGUUGGAUAUUAUUUAUGACCUUGUCUUGUGUCUUAACUGUGAAACGCCUCAUAAAAGAAAAAAAAAAAAUCUAUAUCUGCCACAAACGUUAACUGUGAGGUCUCGUUUUUAAUGGUCGUCGGCGGGUAAAUUCACAUUCUCAGUUUCAGAGGAGAAGAUCUGGCAGAGUUCUGACAGAAACUGUCAGGUGACGAAAGUGGAGAUGAGAGGGUCGACGGCCGCUUGGACGCAGGUCAGCACCAUGGCCGAAGUGUCCAGCUCCAUCAGCAGCUGCGUUAUUAAACGGUGACCUAACAACCUGAAGGUGCUGCGAGAAUCUGUCAGGAAAAAAAAAAUGCAUCAGCGAAGUUCAUUUCUGGGAUGGUGCUGCCCUCUGCAGUACAAUGUCUAUCAGUGGCGUUUCAAAUGCGCAAAAAGGGUGUUGA